AGGACGAGAGAGGGUGAGUGCAUGUAAGAGAUAUGUUUAUACUAAGCCAGGCUCAAAUUCAAUGCCAUCGGUGCACCGGUGCUCAAGUAAUGUGGGAAAUUAAAGCUCAGACACGCAGAGUCUCAGGAAUGGUGAGACAUUUCUAGGAAUAAAUUACGUACCUCUAUCCGAGGGCUCUGAGAAGAAAAGAAGCUCUCAAUUCUGUGAACAUAAACUCGGGUGAAAGCUACAAAAAAACUACAGCUUUACAAGUUCACAAAGGGUGGUGAAAUAUCUCGACGCUCUUCAGAGACAGCUCGGAAGCUCUUAUGUCAACUAACCAUCACGAAGCAAAACUGCAGCUUACAAAACAUAUGGAUUACAUGGAUUAUUGCUGCUGAUUCAAGAACACAGAGGCAACAAAAUAAAAGACAAACUUCUAUUAAAGUGAAAAACAUGCAUUGACGGAAAGUGAGGCAUGGAGACCUUCUCAGGAGAGGAAUUCUUUGAGCAUGCUGAACUCAACAGCACUUUCAAAGGAGGAUCAUACUUUUGGUUGGUCGCUCAAAACAGCUCAAUAAACCGCACUCAGGUGCCAGGUCCUGUUAGGAUUCGGAACAUGGCUCUGGCUCAAGCCGAGAUUGGAAUUCUGGGUCUGGUUCUCGCUCUGGCAACACUAGGGAACAGCUUUGUACUGUGGGUUCUACUGAGGCGACGCAAAUACAAUGCACCCAUGCACCUAUUUAUGGUCAAUCUGUGUGUUGCAGACCUUGUGGUGGCAUUUUUUCAGGUGCUCCCGCAGCUGGUAUGGAUUAUCACAGAGAGAUUUCAAGGUCCUGACGUGCUGUGCCGCUCAGUGAAAUAUCUUCAGAUUGUGGGAAUGUUUGCAUCCUCUUACAUGAUUGUUGCUAUGACAGUGGACCGCCAUAAUGCCAUCUGCUGCCCCUUGCAGACUUACAAAGGAGGGGCAGUUUCAUGCUGGAAUACACCCAUCAUGGUAGCCUGGGUUCUAGCCCUUGUUCUCAGUGUGCCGCAGGUGUUUAUUUUCUCCAGGUCAGAGGUCUCUCCUGGAGUGUUUGAAUGCUGGGGGCACUUUGCUGAGCCCUGGGGGCUGAAAGCCUAUGUCACCUGGAUGACUGUAGCAGUGUUUGUGCUUCCUACCUUUAUUAUCACCAUUUGUCAGGUACGAAUAUUCAAAGAGAUCCAUGAUAACAUCUACCUGAAAUCAGAACGUGUGGUUUCUGCUGACAUGAAGAAGAACCUGGUCAUUUUUCACUUUCCCAUCUUCAAAAAACGGGCCAGCGAAGUUAGAGUCUCACACAUGCCGAGAGAAGCAAGAGAAAUCCAUAAAAAGAAAACCAACAGUGGCUCAUCCCAUUCUCACACCUGCAACACUGAGGACACACCAGAGCCUGAUUGUUGUGCUAAAUCUUGUCAGGAUGGCCACAGUCCCAAUGAUCUAGCCUCACAGACUCACACUUCAUCUCCUGAUGUGCUGCCUCACAUUCAGACUCACCCACACACCAUCUGGAGCAACUCUGCAGCAUUCCAGACAUCUCACGGAUACUCUGCUCCUCACAGGACAACCGCUCCUGAAGAAUCCAAUACUUCAUCAAAUCCCUCUUUCCCACCUUGCCCUCUCCAUCCACCUCUUACAGGUGUGUCGAAAGCUAUGUCUAAAACAGUGAGAAUGACUCUGGUGAUUGUGCUUGUCUAUACGUUGUGCUGGUCACCCUUCUUUAUUGUACAGCUGUGGGCUGCCUGGGACCCCAACCCCCCCGACCAAGGAAUGGCUUUCACCAUCCUGAUGUUGUUAGCCAGUCUGAACUCUUGUACGAACCCGUGGAUCUACACAGCCUUUUCCAGCAGCGUGUCACGUGAACUUCGCGCUCUACUGCGCUGUCGACCAAAGCUGCCUCGCAGGAGCUCGAUGCACGACCACUCGAGUGAUAUAAACACGUCCACCACCAAGGACAACCAGUUCUGACCCCUAUAGAAUAAACUAAAAUUAAAUGUCAGCAGAGGUGGUGAUUUAUGCGGGUGUAUCUGUCCUACGCAUUUGGAAGACAUGUUGUCAUGAGAUCUUGCUACAUCUUCAAUUCAGAGUAGAUGAAGAUGCUGUUUUAACUGUGAAUGGUUUGCUAAUGAGCAUAUGUGACAAAGAUCAUUUCAUGAGGAUUUUCAUGCAAAAACGGAGCACUAACAAGGCCGAUCUCAUCCACCAGGAUAACAAACAACUUACUGAAUGUCAUAAUAAACUUGAUAAACUCCAGAGAUCAUUUCUAAACAUAUUUUAUUGAAAUUGUCCUCUGUUGUCUGAGAGAUGGAGAUAAAGGUCUUAACCACAGAGGAAGAAGAGAUCAAGGCCUUAACCUCAGAGCCAGCAAUUUCAGUCUUUCUGCCAUAAGUCUUCUUCAGAUUCAGAGCUUGCAUGGCAAGGACUGAGGAAGAAGAUAAAUUAUGUGAUCCAUGCAUGGAAACUACAUCCAGGGGACAGACACAAAAAUCUGGACUGAGAAGUGAUAUUCCUUCCUUGUUGGACAAAUAUCUGACUUUCAUUAGCGUUCAAUACAUAAGGUACAGGUUUACAAAUGGACUAAUUUGUAUAUUUAAUCCGUCAUAUUGAAUUCUAAGUAGACUGACAAAAUAUGCGGUGUGCAAAGCAGCAACACUUUCAGUUCCCCAAUAACAAUUGUAAUUAUUUAUAAGAGCACUAUUUAAAUUUGUGUGAGGAUAAUAGGAAGUCAUAAUGAAUAUAAGAACGAUAAAGGAAGAGAAACUAAAAUGACAUCAGGUUACAGUGCCUUGAAAUGAACUGAUUUAUAACUGAAGUAUAUACAACUCAGUCCUCUGAAACUCUGCAAAAAUCAUUUUCUUAAUCAGUAUUUUUACUUAAAAAUUUGCCAGCCGUUGUAAUGUAUUGCAAAAUUUUGCUUAUCAAUUUAAUUUAUCUUGUUUUAAGACUGGCUAUUUUUACUAGACAACAAAGUACUGAUUUAAGAGAUUAUUUUUGUAGCAGUAGCUGAUUUGUUACACUGUUCACAUAUAGGCUUAGAUUAAGUAAAAACACUAAAUAUAAAAUGUAAAUAAAAGUAAAAAUCUAGUGAUACAGAUGUUUAUCUAAAUAUAUUUAUUCAACAUUUUAAAGACAAAAAAUGUCUUUGUGAUAAUGUCUUAUGAUGUCUGUCAAAACAAAAGCUAAAGAAUCCAAAUAAAUCACAAAAGAAAUUCAAGACUGUCUGAAAGUAUAUGAACUAAUCUGUAAAUUCAUCAAUGGUCUUCACAGUUGUUGUUGAAACGAGGAUCGAAGUACAAAGUCGGCCACAGGUGUCACACAUAAACUGGCUAGAUCAUGUUAUUUUUAAGGUAUUGUGUAUUUGCAAUCUGCCAGCCAUAAAUGGUCCAGGACUCCGAUCCAUACAACAGAACUGUGAGGAAGACUGCCUUCAGCGCUGCCACCUUUGUGUCCAGCCGGAUGCCAUGCUCAUCCCAUAUUCUCUUGGACAGUCGACC